AUGGCGCCCACCCCGGGCCGCGGCUCACAGCGGCCGGACCGAUCUCGGCAGGGCUCCUCUGCGCACCCGGCGCCGCAUCCGUAUCAGCCUGGUGGCGGACGACGGGGCGGAGCGGCCGGUGGCGCGGCAGGCUUUAGCGCUUUGGGAGCGGGUACGACGGGCGGUCCGAGCCGCAACACUCCCUUCGUCCACCCUGCCCUCGCCGCAUCGACAUUGCAGCAAAAUGACGCGGCAAAUUCCUCCUCUUCGGCGGCAACGACGGCGCCGACCGCGACGGCUCGGGGCCGUAAGCCGUUCAACCACCGCAACCUGUUCGCCAAGGAUCUUCGAAACCUGAUGUAUGCCUACGGCGACGUAGCCAACCCGGACUCGGAGUCAGUUGCGCUGCUGGAAGAGAUGACGGUCGACUUCAUCACCGAUCUUUGCGCGCGCGCCCGCCCAAGCCCGUAUGCACUUGGCCUGGGUACCAGCAACAUCUCGACCAGCACCGCAUCCUUUGGUAGUGCCUUCGAUACCGGGUCAUUGGGACUGGUAGGAGCGGAAGGCGAUCCUUCCACCGCCGGGAGCGCAGCGUGGACGCACGAAGUCGGCGACUCUGCACAAACGGCAGCAGCAGGAGCCGGAGCCGGAGCUGCUGCGACGUCGGCAGCGGCAGCGGCUGGGGCAGUUUCGACAGUGGCAGCCCCGGCAACGCUGCCACCGAGGGCGCCGCACCGACAACGCGUCAAGCUGGAAGACUUUCGCCACGCAUUGCGCAAGGACGUCGAAGCCAAAAAGUUGGGUCGAUUGGAGCAGCUCCUCUACGCCGACCGGAUCGUCACGGAAGCGAGGAAAGUGGGCGGCGUCGAAGAGGUGGCGGAAAAGGCAGGCGCACUUUCCACCAUGGACCCGCAGCAAGGUGGUAGCGGUGGGGGCGCUGCUAUCGGCGGCGCUGCUUCGGAUGGAGGCGUAGGUCAAGAUGGGGCAGAGGAUGGAGUAAGUGGCGGCUCUGGACCGAGAGCUGGGAGGGGAAGGGGAAGAGGCGGUAGAUCCGCCGGUGGAGGCGGAGGACGUGGGAGAGGAGGCGGCGCAUCGAGAGGCAGGGCUUCGACUGCAGGACGAGGCGGAAAGGGUAGGAGCGGCAGUGCAGCGGCAGCGGCGGCGGGUACAUCUGGCAAUGCCUCCGGCUGA